CUGCCCGGCGCUCUCUCUCCAGGCAUGUCAAUGGAAUCUCCUGUAGUUCUUCGGAGCACGAAGGCAUUACUCGACCGAUUGGAGAAACGCCUUGUCAUUUCUCAUUCAGUAGCAUCUUCAUCAGUAGAAAAUGUUGAUCAUCUACUGAAACGCCUUGGUUCUCCCCCAAGGAGGAGGGCUCCUCCUAGCAGAGAAGGAAAAACUCGGGCAGUGGUAAAAAGACCAGCUAAAAGUUCUGAGGCAAGCAUCAAAUUGCCUAGAUACUCACUGAGGGUGGUGCUCUGUGCUUACAUGAUACUGGCUCAUCCCAGUGCUGUUUUAAGUGGGCAAGGUGAGCGGGAGAAACAGCUUAUCGAGUCGGCAGCAAACUUUAUCAAGGAGUUCGAGCUGUUGAUUAAGGUAAUCCUUGAUGGACCAGGGCAGUCAUCUGGUGUUACUGGCCAGAGGAAGUUCAGGGCACAGUUGGCUAAUUUUGACAAGGCGUGGUGUUCGUAUCUUUACAGCUUUGUGGUGUGGAAGGUAAAAGAUGCAAGAUUAUUGGAGGAAGAUCUUGUCAGGGCUGCAUGCAAGCUUGAGUUGUCAAUGAUGCAAACAUGCAAGCUAACUGCAGAUAGGCACUCGCAAAACAAUCUUACACAUGACAUGAAGGCAAUUCAGAAACAGGUUAUUGAUGAUCAAAAGCUUUUACGUGAUAAGGUUCAACACCUGAGUGGCGAUGCUGGCCUUGAGCGGAUGAACUCUGCUCUUUCCGAUACGAGAUCAAAGUUCUUUGAAGCAAAGGAGAAUGGGAGUCCAUUGACAGCACCUGUUGCAAAUGUGUCUACCCCUUUGAGCAUCAAUUCGUCUGGGAAAGCACCACUUUCUGAGGUUCCUGAAAGUUCCAGGACAAAUGUUAUUGGGACAAGCUCAGUAAUGCCAGCAGCAGGGCAGGUUCCUGCUCUUGUUCCGGUACUCCGAUCUGGUCAUGGAGCUCCAGUAGGGCAACCAUCUCCUUCUGCAGGAGACACCUAUGGUCAACCAGAGUGCAAGGGUGAGAAGCUUGACAAGCUAAUAAGGAUUGGCCUGUUGCAACUCAUUAGUAGUGUGGAGGGCUUGCAAUUGCAGUCAACUCCUGAAAGUUUUCAGAUUAAUCUGCUGAGGCUGAGGGCCGUGCAGAGCCAAUUCCAACAGGUGAUCGUGAUCGCCACAAGCAUGCUCGUCCUGCACCAAGUUCUGAUGAGAGAGAACUCGAGGGCCACUCCUCUGGAACUGGAAAAUGCCAUCUCAGAACUCGUCAAGGCUCUCGCGGAACAGCCAGGGAAGAGCAGCGCAGACGAGCGCCGGGAAAGACCAUUGGGGAGCACCAGGGAGGAGCAGCGCAGACGAGCUCGACAAGCGCCGGGAGGGAGAGGAUAG